AGUGUGCACAUGGAAAUAUCAGAAUGGCGGAAACAAGUGAUAGGUCGGGAGAGGAUGUAAAGGAGCAAUUCAAAAAUAAACAAAAACGUAAGGAAUAUCCAAAGACACAGUAUUUAUGUAAAAAGAAGUACUCCAUCGUGCAACCUAAAAGGAAAAAAGAUAUUUAUGUAACAAAGAAGACAAACUUUAAAGCUCAAUUGAGUAAGUGUGAGAAACUACUCGAUGCAGGUGAAUCUGAGAUAAUAAUCCAUGGUCUUGGGACUGCUGUAAACAGAGCGUGUCAUUUAGCCCUACAAUUAAAAGAGAAUCAUCAUGGGACUGUUGAUAUAGAUGUUAAUACUUCAACCGUAGAACUCAUUGAUGAAUUUGAGCCGCUUACUGACGACGUGGACUAUGAAGUAAACAAUAGGCAUAGUUCAGCAAUACAUAUUCGUGUCUUCCGUAAAGCAUUAUUAGGAACUCUAAAGUAUGCUAUGUGAGAAUAAUAUAAAGCAUUUGUGAAAUGGAAA